AUGGCGCUCUCACUCGAUGCGCACAGUGGCAUCAUUUCUCCCUCGACCGUUCAGACUGAUAACGAUCUAGACAUGCUCAGCAAGCGCUUCGAGCAGCUUAACCAGUUAGAAGAGGAGAAGAACAAGUUCAUGACUGAGCUCCUCGUACGCUAUGAAUAUGUCGUUCAGCAGAACCAGGCCAUGCUCGCCGAACGCAACCGCGAUCGCGAAUGGAUCUUUCAGUGUCUAGCAGAAAAGCAACACUAUGAGAGACUUGCGGGCAACAUACAGCAGGCCGUGGUGGACAACUCCUUUGUUGUAGUGCUCAUUGACGGCGAUGAUAUGAUGUUCCUCGAUGAGUUUAUACGCGAAGGUGCAAACGGCGGUCGCCGCGCCGCCUCGAAGCUGCACGCCGCCGUCCAAAACUAUAUGCAAGACCAAAGCGAAAGCACUCGCAACACCACCCCGCUCGAGGUGCGCAUCGUUUGUCGGAUUUACGCCAAUGUCAAAGGCAUUGCUGAAGAGCUUGUGCGCACAAGUGUCAUCCCUGACAUUACCUAUUUCGAAGACUUUGUGCGUGGAUUCACAACGGGCAAGGUAUUGUUCGAUAUUGUCGACGUAGGUAUGCAUGAUGAUUGCGCCACAGAGAAGAUCAUUGAGUCUUUCAAACUCUACUUUCGAGAUUACCAUUGCUGCCGGUUAUUCUUCGGUUGUUCUUACAACGAAGGGUACACACGACUUCUUGAAGAACACUCUAAUCAAGAGGGUUUGCGUGAUAAGGUGGUACUCGCUGGGGGUCCUCUUUUUGACAAAGACCUGGUUUCACUACCGUACAAGGCGAAAAGACUUUCCGGAAUCUUUCGUGAGCCCAAGUACGCAUCUUGGGGAGCUGGGCCUGUUUUGGGGGCUCCUUCGCCAGCUUUUGUUCCUGCUACAAAUGGAGCCGAAACAAAAGGUAGCCCAAACAGCUUCGUCCCAUCAACCGGUCUUCCAUUUCGGUUUCCAGCGCCUGCGUCUUCACGGCCACUGAGCAGUUCAUCGGUCUGGGAAAGCCCUCUCCCCAAAGGUGCCGUGUUGAGCCAUAUGGCCAGAACUCCAUCGACUUCAACCUUGGAUUCUGAUGGCCUGCCUGCACAGAGACCCAUUGCAGCGCCUAUGAACUACGCCGCUAAAGCCGCAGCUCCUCCACCCCCAAAGUCCAAGUCGCCUACCUACAUGCCUACCAGCCGCGAGGAGAUCAUCGCCCGCAACCGCGCAGGGCAGCGUGUCGACCCACCCUGCAAGGACUAUGACAAAUCCGAGGUUGACCGCGUUAAGAAGAUGAAACUCUGCAACAUCCAUUUUCUCCGCAAGGAGUGUCCUUAUGGAGAUUCCUGUACCCAUCUGCACGCCUAUAAGCCUACGGAAAGUGAGAUCGCUACACUUCGUCUGGUGGCGCGCAUGGCGCCCUGCGCAAAUGGUAGUAUAUGCCAGGACAUCAAGUGCAUCUACGGUCACCGGUGCCCUGCGCCUCGGCAUAAGACCAGCCAUGCCAAGGGUACCAAGAAUUGUAUUUUUGGCGACUCGUGCAAGUUCUCGGGCGAUUUGCAUGACAUCGACACGACUAUUGUGAAGACUCUGGUCAUACGCUAA